AUUUCAGGAUGUCAUCACCGCCUAGUCUAGCAGCACCGGUUCCAGCAGCACCAGUUCCAGCAGCGUCAGUUCCAGCAGCGUCAGUUCCAGCAGCGCCAGUUCCAGCACAGCCAGUUCCAGCAGCGCCAGUUCCAGCAGCGCCAGUUCCAGCAGCGCCAGUUCCAGCAGCGCCAGUUCCAGCAGCGCCAGUUCCAGCGGCGCCAGUUCCAGCAGCGCCAGUUCCAGCAGCGCCAGUUCCAGCAGCGCCAGUUCCAGCAGCGCCAGUUCCAGCAGCGCCAGUUCCAGCAGCGCCAGUUCCAGCGGCGCCAGUUCCAGCAGCGCCAGUUCCAGCAGCGCCAGUUCCAGCAGCGCCAUUCCCUGCCACGCCGAUUCCAGCAGCACCAGUUCCAGCAGCAAGGUGUGCAUAGCGUUCAAACCCUGAGAGGUU